GCAACUGCACCCAUCUUACAAGUAAUGUAUUGUUUGAAGUGAUUGACGAUUCUCGGGGACCUGUGGAGCUGUCUGGAUUCUGCCUGCUUCUGAACCUACAGAGUGCCGGGAGAGGGGCACAUGGCCUCGAGUGGACCAGCCACUGCUCAGGGGCUGCAUCCCAAGGAGGUGGCCUGGGAAGUGCACUGCCUCUGCACCAGGUCUGUGGUCCAUCCAGCCUGGUGUUCAGCCCACAACUGCCCAGCACACAGCUUCCAAUCUCCUGUCUCCGGUGUGGGCAUAUGGGUUAAUUUAAUUUACGAGCAGUGGGGUUUCAGGUUAUCUCGGUUUCCAUCCUGAAUCUGUGAUGCCUUAGGCACCAGAGUGCUGCCUCCUGUCAGAAACCAGGGGUCCCUGCACUUCUGGUCAGAAGGCUUGAGAGGCACAUGCUUGGCCAAGGAGAGGAGAGGAGUAGAGCAGCUGCAGUUUGUAGUGAUUUUCCCUCUGCCUGGCAGUGUGGCUGGGUGAGGUGCAUGUACCUCCCCUCUGCCUCCUGCUACCCCUGGAAGCCUGGGGCCAGCUUCUUAAGAGUGUCCCACCCAGGGCUGGCCCACAGUAGAGAACUGCUGGGAGAGGAUGUCCCAUGUUGCUGGGACCAGGGAGGUAGCCCCCGUCCACAUCUUGAGUCAUUGUCAGACCCAGUGAGCCUGUCCACCUGCCCUGCCUCAGCAUCACAGGCUUUUUGGCUACCUUUCUGCCCCUGGCAUCAUGUUCCCGUGAUGUGGCUCUCUGGGUGUGUGGCUGGCUUUUCAGAAUCUGAGUGCAGUUCCAGUGGUCUCUACUGCCCGUCUCCAGUGUUAGCCUGGAGGGGCAGACAUACAGUGGCGUCCACAUGGACACUGAGUUACGUGUUCAGGGAAGAAGUGCAAAGCAGGACACUUUUAACAGCUGUUACAAAGCAAGCUUUGGCAAGAUGGAACCCAUUUCCUCCUCUCCUCUUCACUCAGAACUGCUAGUGACCCAAAGCCCCGACAGGACCUGAGAUCUGCAGAUGAAGAGGGUCAGCACCUGCCAUGCUCAGGCGGUGCUGCCUACUGACCCAACUGCUGUCCCUUUGGCAUGGGCCCACCUGCCACCCCCCUCUCCUACUCACAUCCAGCUGCUAAACGUCCUUACCAUGCUGCUUCCUGUGACCAGUUAUCUACACCAGGCCACAUCGCCUUCCUCCUCCAGUUCCUCUGCCUGCAGGCAGGCAGCCAGCAUCAUCUCCCUUACUGGAAGCCCACUAAUCACUGUAUCUCUCUGCCCAGGCGUGGGGAUCCCACUUGGGAACCCAGCCUGAGCUCCAUAGUGAGACCCUGUCUCAAAAAAGAACAAAUCUUUUGACUCUGUGUCCCCGUGAACUAAAGUUCAAAUCCCUUAGUGUGCCAUGCCGGAACCUUGAGUGCUUUGAGCCCGUUUUGUACUCUUCCUGAAAGGUACCCCUGUGCGCUGCUGCUGCCCCUUCCUGUUACUCUGUGCCUAAACCUCUCCCCCCUGAUGGGAUCUGUGCUGGAAUCCUGGUUUUGCCAUCCACUGGCUGUGUGGACUUGGUCAAUGUACCAGAAACCGCCAGUUCCCAUGUUUAUUUUCCGUUUACUCUUUUCUUUUGUACUGGAGACCAGACUCAGGACUUCAUGCUUGCUGCGCAGAUGCUUACUCCACUGAGCUAAAUUGCCAGCAGUUCCUGUGUUUAUAAAGUAAACCCAGUGGUACCCAUGUCCUAGGCCAUCCUGAGGCAUGGACCCCUCCCUAAGUGCUGUCAGGUGGGCUGCCGCCACUCUACUGUAGGACACGUGUGUCCUCGCUCCUCCACACUAGGCCCAGGGGCCUUCUCACACGGAGGCCCCGCCUCAUGGGACACACAGUGUGGUCACAGCCCAGGUUGGGAAUGGAGAUAGGACAGAGGGGGCUUAAGCACCCAUUCUUGCAGAGGUCACAGUGUUCUCUGGAGCUCAGCCUUGGGUGGGCACCAGAGACAAAGGGCUGGCUGGAGUCCAAGCAGUACUGGACCUCAUACUGAGGAGCUCCAGCACUCAGGAGGCUGAGCGGGACAAGUCAGCAUGAGGAAAAGAUGGUGACCAAAGGGUGUGGCUGUGCCCUUGGCCUCUGCAAGCCCCAAAGUGCCCCUUGAGCAUGGCCUCUCCCUCAUCUGCAGAAGAUGGCCUGAAGUGGCCAUGGCGGUACACAGCUGGGAUUCCCCACAUGAAAAGGCCCAGCAUUGGAGCCCACAGUGAGCAGCUUCCUGACAGUAAGAACCUGUCUCAUAAAUGAAAACAUGUAGAAGCCUGGGAUGCUCCAGGCUCGGUACUAACAAAAAGCCCGACAUUGACUUCCAUUCUAUCACCUUGUUUGCGUUUCCUUCCUCAUUGUGGACACUAGUCUGUUUUGUGUUGCAGUCUUGUUUUGAGACAGGGUCCCGCUAUGCAAUUCAGAUUGGCCUUGAAUUCAGUUGUGCAGCCCAGGGUGGUCUUGAGCCCACAGCCUGCCUCAGCCUCCUGAGUGGUGGGAUGAUAGGUAAUUCAGUCCUACAGCAAUGCUCCUCCAUGGGAUUCUUUACUAGGGGCCAAAGAAAGGAACUUUGCUUUUAACAGUCCAGUUUGAAGCUGGGCGUGGUGGCGCACGUAUGUCAUCCCACCACCGGGGAGGCUGAGGCAGGCUCCAUAAGCAAGUUCAAUGCCAGCCUGGGCUACAUAGUGAGACCCUGCCUCAAAAAAAAAAAAGUUCAGUUUACAUAAUCUUGGGAACAGGCCGAGAGCAUGACAGAUACCCUAACAGCUGUGUGCCCAUGUCUGUUAGGCCUGGUGCUACCCCAAAGAGUGACACACAGAGUCAGGUCUUGAUAGUGGGACAAGAGUUGUAUCACCAGAGGGCUGCAGGCCUCCCAUCAGCAGAGGGUUGAGGCACAUCUCCUAGGAAAACCCUGGAGUGACUCCACUCCAUCCCAGCUCCUAUCCCUUACUGAACCCUGGCCAUGCCAGACUGGCUCCUCAGACAAGGCUCAGGAUGGAGGCCCAGCCUGCUGCAGCCCUGCAGGGAGGAAGUGGAUAAGUGCCUAUCACACCGGAUGGCAGCCAUGGGUCCUAUCUGGGGCAGCAGCUUCCUCUCUCCCCCACCUCUGAUGAGUACAAAGCACCAGGGCAGUGCCCAGCUGAGUAGACCAGGGGAGAGUUGUGGGGGUGGGGGUCAGCAAGGACAUGCAUGAGCCACUGUCCCACACUGACAAUGAUGGCAGUGGGAGAGUGGCAUGGAAAGCGGGUGAGGAUUGAAGAGGUAUCAUUGAAGGACACUGGAAACAGGAUGAAGUGACUGACUGCCCCCAGGAAAGGGAGGAGUUAGGACUGUGGGCCUUUAGAAGCCCCAGCUAGCCUCACCCCUCCUCCAGUCCCCUGCGGAGACCAGGUCUCGCUCCCCUUCAUCUGCCCCUGCUCAGCAAGCUGCUUUGGCUCCAGUCUGAUAGUGAGACUUCCUGUGGGGGGCCACGGGGAAAGGAGAGCACACAAGCCAUUGCUCCUCAGCUCAGAAGGCCAAGGCAACGAUGGCCCGAGUGUCGUGCCUGCUGCAUGCACUCUGGCUCCUGGGACCUGCAGCUACACCUGUAGCCUGGGCCUUGAACCUGAAUGCAGCCCAAAUCACCUUCUACUCAGGCCCCAACAACAGCCACUUUGGGUUCUCCGUGGACUUCCACAAGGACAGCCUCGGGAGCCAGUAUGGGCGAGGACACGGCGCACGGCACCACCCUCCUGGAGGGAGCGGGGUCCGCGUGCUCACCCGCGCCCCAUCGCCUGUCCCCAGCGUGGCCGUAGUGGUGGGCGCCCCCAGGGCGAGGGCCCGCAGCCAGGAAGAGACGGGCGCCGUGUUCCUGUGCCCCUGGAGCGCCGCAGGCGGCCCGUGCUCCCAGCUGUUCUUCGAUCUCCAGGACGAGACCCGAAACGCGAGCUCCCAGACCUUCCAGGUCUUCAAGGCGCGGCAAGGCCUCGGGGCGUCGGUCACCAGCUGGAACGACACCGUGGUGGCCUGCGCUCCCUGGCAGCACUGGAACGUCCUGGAGAGGGCGGAGGAGGCGGAGAAGACGCCUGUCGGCAGCUGCUACUUGGCCCAGCUCCGGAGCGGCAGUCGCAAGGAGUACUCGCCCUGCCGAGCCAACACCAUGAGCCGCGUCUACGAGGACAGGCUCUUCAGCAGAGAUAGACGGUACUGCGAAGCGGGCUUCAGCUCCGUGAUCACCCAGGCCGGCGAGCUGGUGCUGGGGGCCCCCGGCGGCUACUUUUUCAUAGGUCUUCUGGCCCGGGCCCGGAUCGCCCACAUCGUCUCGAGCUACCAGCCUGCCACCCUCUUGUGGACUGUGCCCAACCAGCACUUCACCUUCGACUCCAGCGACUCCAAGUUCUACGAUAGCUACCGGGGGUACGCAGUGGCGGUGGGCGAGUUCAACGGGGACCUAAGGACUCCAGAGUAUGUGGUUGGUGCCCCCACUUGGAGCUGGACUCUGGGAGCUGUAGAAAUCCUGGACUCCCAUGACCAGACACUACUCCGGCUGCAUGGAGAGCAGAUGGCUUCGUACUUCGGGCAUACUGUGGCCGUCACCGAUGUCAACGGGGACGGCCGGCAUGACCUUCUGGUGGGUGCCCCAUUGUUCAUGGACAGCUGGGCUGAUCGAAAGCUGGCCGAGGUCGGGCGUGUGUACCUGUUCCUACAGCCCCCAGACCCCCACUUGCUGGCUACCCCCAGCCUCUUGCUGACCGGCACACAGCUCUACGGGCGGUUUGGCUCAGCCAUCGCACCCCUGGGCGACCUCAACCGAGAUGGCUUCAACGACAUCGCAGUGGCCGCCCCCUAUGGGGGUCCCGGUGGCCGGGGCCAGGUGCUGGUGUACCUGGGCCAGAGUGAGGGGCUGAACGCCCACCCCAGCCAGGUCCUGGACAGCCCCUUCCACACAGGCUCUGGCUUCGGUUUCUCCCUUCGAGGUGCCACAGACAUCGAUGACAACGGAUAUCCAGACCUGGUGGUGGGCGCCUACGGGGCCAGCAAGGUGGUGGUAUACAGAGCCCAGCCGGUGGUGAUGGCCACCAUCCAGCUGCUGGUGAAGGACGCGCUGAACCCCAUGGAGAAGAGGUGUGUCCUGCCGGGGACCAGGACCCUGGUGAGCUGCUUCAACAUCAAGAUGUGCGUGGAGGCCACUGGGCACAACAUUCCUCAGAAGCUGCGCUUGAGCGCCGAGCUACAGCUGGACCGGCAGAAGCCCCGCCAGGGCCGCCGCACACUGCUCCUGGAAUCGCAGCAGGCGGACACCACCCUGAGCCUGGACCUGGGCAGCAGGCAUGGCCCUGUCUGCCACACAGCCACUGCCUUCCUGCGAGAUGAAGCCGACUUCCGGGACAAGCUGAGCCCCAUUGUGCUCAGCCUGGAUGUGUCUCUGCCGCCCUCGGAGUCCACCUCGGCCCCUGGCCUGGUGCUGCAUGGGAACACUCACAUCCAGGAGCAGACCCGCAUCAUCCUGGACUGCGGGGAGGACGACCUGUGUGUGCCGCAGCUGUUGCUCAACGCCACUGUGGUCGGUGCACCUCUCCUCAUUGGGGCUGACAACCUGCUGGAGCUGCAUGUGGCCACGGCCAACGAGGGCGAGGGGGCCUACGAAGCGGAGCUGGCCGUGCUGCUGCCGCCGGGCGCCCACUACAUGCGGGCGCUGAGCGACGUGCGGGGCUUUGAGAGGCUCAUCUGCAACCAGAAGAAGGAGAACGACAGCAGGGUGGUACUGUGCGAGCUGGGCAACCCCAUGGGGAAGGACGCCCAGAUAGGGAUCACGAUGUGGGUGAGUGUAGAGGACCUGGAGCAGGCCAGUCAGGCUGUGUCCUUCCGGCUGCAGGUCAGAAGCAAGAACAGCCAGAACCCAAACAGCCAGGCUGUGCUGCUGCAGGUGCCUGUGCAGGCAGAGGCCAGGGUGGAGCUCCGGGGGAACUCCUUUCCGGCCUCCUUGGUGGUGUCAGCAGAAGGUGACAAGGAGCAGGGUAUCUUGGACACCUCGGGCCCCAGGGUGGAGCACACCUAUGAGCUCCACAACAGAGGCCCCGGGACUGCUCGGGACCUGCGCCUCGGUGUGCACCUGCCGGGGCAGUCGCAGGCCUCCGAUCUGCUCUACAUCCUGGACGUGCAGGCCCACGGGGGCCUACAGUGCUCCCUAGAGCCCUCACCCAAUCCCUCGGAGCUGGACUGGAGGCCCACCUCGGCCAGCGUGGCCCUGCAUCGCCAGCGGGAGCGACGACAGGCUGGACCCGCAGAGCCGGUGCUGGUGAGCUGCGACUCAGCGCCCUGCACGGUGGUGCAGUGUGAGCUGCAGGAGAUGGUGCGUGGGCAGCGGGCCAUGGUCACUAUGUUGGCUUUGCUGCGGCUGCCAAGCCUCCGCCAGCAGGGGCCACUGGUGCAGACCGUGCUGCAGUCGCGCGCGUGGUUCAAUGUGUCCUCGCUCCCGUACGCGGUCCCGGCGCUCAGCCUGCCGAGCGGAGAGGCUGUGGUGCAGACGCUGCUGCUGCGCGCCCUGGAGGAGCGGGCUGUGCCAACCUGGUGGGUACUGGUGGGAGCGCUGGGCGGCCUACUGCUGCUCACUCUGCUGGUGCUGGCCAUGUGGAAGGUGGGCUUCUUCAAGCGGACCCGGCCCCGCCUAGAUGAAGACGAAGAGGAGGAGUGAAGGGUCUGCUCUCAGAGCCACACUCUGCCUUCUUCCUCCCCUCCCCGGCUGCCCAAUAAAGAGGCGCACAACA